AGGAAAAACAAGCAAUCAAUCACAAAACAACAAAUUUAUAGAGAGAAAAAAAGAAGUUAACAAGUGUUCUUAGUGUAAAAUGAAAAUUGCAAUUAAAUAAUAUUGUGUAUGCUGUGAAUUUAAAGAAGAGGCCGCAGAUUUGUUAAGAGCAACAGAAUUACAUACCUACAUACAUACAUACAUACAUUUAUGUAGUGCUUCAAGUGAGUGUUAUCAAAAAGCGCAAGAGGUCCCCCUCCCACCACAAUGCAAUAGAAACAAAAUUACAAAAAGAAUCAUGAAUUGUGAUGCGAAAAUAUGUUGUGUGAAAACGAGUGUGCAAAGAAGAAGCGAAAACAAAAGAGUAAUGAAAAACCAAACAAGUGAAAAAGUGGCAAAGGGCAAUGAAUGAAGUCUGUCUGCCUGUUAUUGUAAUGAAAAGUAUCCGUGAAAGUGAAAUAGAAAAGAAGUGAAGUAGCUAGCGCAUUGAUUGCUUACCUCCUGGAAUACAACGCCAAAGGACUACAUUUUCCAUCAAGAAUCAUAUCGUCAAGUUCUUUCCCCUGCCUUAGAGACUUUCCUGGGCUAAUACUUUGUUAUCAGAGCAUUGAGUUGGGAAAAAAGGAUCCAAUUAAUUAUCAAGAAAUUCUGGAGAACAGACAAGAUUAUCGAUCAAUGAUUGUGAAUGACUGAAAGCAUUUAAAACAAAAAGAAGAAGAAUAAGAAGUAUAAGCAGAAGAAAACAAAACAGGAAUCUUGCGCAAGAGCUUCAUAGAGGAGAGAGAGAGAGAGAAAGAAAAAGAAGUGAAAAAUAAUCAAAAACAAACCCCCCUCCCCCCACAAAAAAAUGUGAUUUUCGCGCCGUGUAUUAAAUUGUCGAAUGUGCGAGUGUAUGUUUUGUAGGCUUUUAUGUAUGUUGGAGUGUAAAAGCGUGAGAAAUUUAUUUAAAUUCCUGAUAAUUUAAAGUGAUUAAAACACUUGAAAGUUCAAAACUACUGUUAUAUUUUUUUGGUUGCAAGAGAACAAGGUGGCAGAGGAGGCAGAAGCAGAAGCAUCGGCAACAGCAAAGCUUACAAAUCAAUACAACAAAAAUCAUAACAACAAAACAAAAAUAGAAUGUGAAUUGUGUUAAAUUUGUGCGAAAGAAAGAAGGCAAGAAAGAAAACCAGAAAAAGGCCAAAACAAGUGAAAACAAAAAUAAAUAAAACCACUUUUAUGUGGUGUUCAGUGGAAAUCAAAAAGAAGAAAGGAAAUCAAAAAAAAAAUGUUUUAACCACCACAAAGUCUGAGCUAAAAAUAAUAAUAACAACUACCAUACAUAGCAGAAACAUGCAAGCAAUUGUUAAAAUCUUUUUAAAAAAUAUUUUUCAAAGCGAUAUUUGCAACGCUUAACUAAACAUCCAAAACGACAUUGCAAGCAUUUGAAACCGGUUACGAAACUUUGUCGAACGUCGAUCAGCAUUGUUUUUGUCUAAAAACUGAAAAAAAAAAAUAACAACAACAAGGAAAAGCCAAGAGAAAAAAGAAUAAAGAAAACAAACGCAUAAUUUUCUAUAACAAAAACUCAACCUAGAGCAAGCAAUCGUCAAGUAAAGCAAAGCAAAGGCGGCGAGUCAUUAUAUGCACCACAGCGCAUUUCACCUCAUCUCACCUCACCUCAAAACAACUUAACAUAGCACAUAUGCCAGGCUCUGAGCGAUAAGGCAUUAAACCGCAACCUUAAAUUAACUUCAUUGGCAUACAAAACCCGAAACUCUUGGCAAAUUACUGGUUGCCCGCCGGAAAUAAAGCUGACGUCGGUCAUUUGGUUCUGGUUUGGCAAAAAGCGAAUUGGACCUAUUCCACCAAAGCGAAAAAGUGCAAACACACCCAAAAAUUUUCCGCCAAGAAAAAACAUUUUUUUUUUGUAAAACGAAACCAAUUCGAAAAUUAGGCUAAAAAUCUAAAAAACGAAAACUUUACAAAAAAAAUACAAGAAAUUUGAGGUGCCUAACUACACAUACAAACAUAAAAACUCAAGAAUUUUCAAGUUGAAUUGAACGAAAAAGAGAAAAACAAAACAAAUUCAAGUAAUAGGCGUUUUUUUUAUUGUAACCCAGAGAGAGUAAUUUGGCACACAAAAAUUUGCAAGCUGGGAACUUUUCUUGGCAUUUAACAAAAAAAAAAAAUUAAAAUAAAAUCACAUAGGAAAAAAAAUCGCUAAAAUUUUGCAAUAGGCUAUUAGUUAUUUUAUUGCAAAAAUCGAGGAAGAGAAAAAGGCCUUAGAGAUAAAUAUGAGAAUCAUAAAGGAUUUUGAUAUUCAUUUGAGAACACUUGGUGAUCCACUGGAAAUUUGAUGAUAUUCAAAAGAACAGCUUAGUUAAAUACAAAGUGUUAAAAACUUGCAGAAUUCAAUUUCUAUAAAAAAAGAAAACAGAACUAAAUAAAGCCAUUCCCAUUAAACUUCAACAAAUUCCCAGACAAGCACUCAUACAUAAAAGAAGCCCUUAAAUUCCAUAUUGCCACUCCCUAACCACCCACCCCAAAAAUAAAAUGUAAGCCCUAAGCAUAUCUUGAAAAUUCCUCCUACAAACAAAUUUUGUGUAAACGCGUUCCCCCGCCUUGCAUUUGAUACGGAAAAGAAGCACGGCAAAACGGAAAAAUGUCCAAUUGCAACAAUAACAACAAUUCACCUGCUGCUGCGGUAGAUCUAAAAGUGACUAAACCUUUGGUGGAAACCCCUACAAAUGCUACACCCAGCCAAGGCCUCUCCCUCUUCGAUCAAUUGAAAAACAGUGCAGAUCAUAAUAAUGUAACCAAAACGGCGUUAAACAAACAGUCAAAGAUUGAAAAAACAGACCCCAAAUCCGGGGAUAUAACAGCGGUCUCUAAACCAGAAUUUCAUGCCCCACCACCACCCUCCGCAACAUCGUCGGUUUCAAAUUCUAAUGCUACCAACAAACGCUUGCAAAGUGUGGUUAAUGCCAGUCCCAAAUUUCCCCUGAAACCACCCAAUAAGGACUUAACAGCCACUCUAAGAUCACUGAAAAGAUCUCAACCACCACCGCCUCCUCCACCGCUACCACUACCACCACCGCCAUCACCAUCAGCAAUAUUAGCAACACAAAAGACUGUUUCUUCAUCCGCAACAGCAGCAGUGGCCAACGCCUCUGCCUCAUUAUCAUCACCUGCAGUUAAUGCCGCCGCUGUAAGGCAUACAUCAGGGUCAACGUCAGCAGCGGAUGCUGCCGCCGUCGCCCAUACAACAUCAUCCAUCAAUCACAAUGCCAAAAAGAAGCGUUGCACCGAUCGCUAUGAUUCAUCGGAAUCUUCUGACAGUGGUGUUGCAACAUCUUUGAGCACGGAUUCUAGUACUGGUUCAAGCGAAGAUGCCUCGGAACCAGGCUCUCCAUUUAGUCCACAUUCAAGUCUGAACGAGGAUCCCCAUCAGCAGCAGCAGCAGCAACAACAACAACAACAGAAACAAACCUUAACAAUACAGAACAACAAGAAAAUGUCACCACAAACAAUACUCGUUGCUAGCAAUGGCACAACACAAAAACCGGGGACCUCAUCCUCAUCCGUGCCCUCUUCACAGGCGACAACCACUGCGGCUUCCAUAAAUGCUGCCAUUAGAUCGAGUAAUCUACCUGCCUCUCUGACCAUAACCCCCACAAAUGGCAACAGUAAUAGUGGAGGUGGUGGUAACAACAAAUCAAAACUGCCUUUGACACAAAUCACAAAGAGUAUCAACACUGCCAACUCAAGUCGAUGUUCAAAUUUACCUACUCUACAGUGGCCUUGGAGUACCUCGGCAACAUCAACAAAUACACCACCGUCAUCAUCAGCAUCAGCAUCAACAUUAUCAUAUUCAUCACCAGCAUCCACCUCGACAACAGGUACAAAUACACAUAUAACUCAUAGCUUAGCGGCAGCCACAAAUGCUUCAAAUCAUCAGGCCAAAAAGCGCAUAGCCCAGCAUGGAAAUGGUGCAGCCAUGGACACAUCGGCCAGCAUUGCCAAAAAGGCUCGUUCCAACAAUGCGAAUAUGACACAACAAGAUGCGCAUCAUUUGAUAACGGCUGCCGGAGCUAAAAGACUGAAAGCUGCUGCUCUGGAGGAGUCACAAACUAAAAUAACCGGCUAUUUUAAGUCGCAAAUGAAGGCACAAAUGCAUGCGGCCAACAACAAGUCAUCUGCUGCAAUUCACUCCAUAUCAAACAACAAUGCUAUGAUGACUACUACCACUGUAACAAGUGCUAACCACAACAGCACUUUGACUACAAAUGCGUUAACUAUGAGUGCUCCGGCCACAACGGCCUCCCUUAACAAAUAUUUCAAUUUCAAUAUAUUGGCGCAGCUGAAGGAGAACAGCAAAACAAUAAAUAAUGCUGGACCUGGAACUGGAGCUUCGGCAAUACACAAUAGUGGCAAUAGUGCAGCUGCUACACAGGCUACAACAACUGCACCGCCACCACCUCCCCUGCCGCCCACUAUUGCAACGGUAACCACUGCAGCGCCAACUAUUCCAAUGCCUGCUGCUGCUGUGGCUACAUCAAGCUUCGGCAAUACGAGCGUUACAAUAACUGCUAACAAAGCUCAAAAUCUGGCUGUGGCGCCCAUGGCAAUGCCAGCACUGAAGAAAAUCGAAAGGCCGAAACCUACGAAAAUAGCCCAAGUAGCUCCAAAUCUUAGGAAAACGCCUUCCGCUAACAACGGCUACUCGAACUUGUCAGCCGGUACGGGCAAAUCGCCUGCCAAAAAGCAUGUUGCUAUUGCUCCCAGAACACCAGAAAUGAAACAGCAGCAGCAACAACAACAACAACACCAGCAACAGCAAUUAUUAUCAAAUAAGCAAGAAAAUUCCAAACAGUCACCUGUGGUCAAUGCUCAAGCAACGACAACACAAUGUUCCACGUCGUCCGCCAACUCCUCCUCCCCCCAACAACAACAGCAGCAACAACCGGCUGUUCUUCUAACGGCUAUACGCUUGCCGCAAGGACAGGCUAAUCAGCAAAGCACCAGCACACAAUCGAAACAGGCAAUGACCACAAGUAAGAUGACUGCAACCUCAUCUAUCGUGUCCAACAACACUACAGCAAAUAACACUGUGGCUGUUGCAAACAUCGCACCCGCUGCACAGGCCACUACAGCACCAACACCAGCCCCACCCACAUUAUAUCAACUGCCAGCUGUCCAAUUACCAAAUCUAGUCCAGCUACCACAGCUGUUGGCCGCCAAUGGGGCCAAUUUAAUGCAACUGAAUAAUAUGGCAGCGGCGGCUGCCAUAGCCAAAAAUGUUGCCUCAAACACAGCUUCAACAACAGCGCCACCGCCGCCAACGACUUCGGCUGCAUCAUCGGCUACAUCAGCUCAGGCUGCUCAAGCGGCAGCAGCUCAGUAUUUUCUCAAUGGCACCGUCUUUAAGUUGCAACAAUUUACGACGGCCACAACAACAACUGCCACCACAGCCUCCACUGGAAAUGUCAAUCCAUUUAAUUUGUUGAGUGCCAGCGACUUGCAAGAUCUUUUGAUAAAACAACAGCAGCAACAGCAACAUCUGCAACAACUGCAACAACAACAACAACAGCAGCAGCAGCAACAACAACAGCAGCAAAAGUCAGCAAUGACUGCUGCUGCUACAGCCACCAGCUUUCAAGAGAUAUUUCAGCAGCAAAUAGCUGCAGCAAUUGCGGCCAAUCAACAGCAGCAACAACUGCAACAAUUGCAACGAUUGGGAGCUGCAGCGAAUAUGCAACAACAACCCGUUUUUAUGGCCACACCGGCUGGGCUUCUCUUGAAUGCUGCAUCUAUACCGGCUAUGCUGGCGCAGGCAGCAGCAGCUUUAGCCGUCAACAGUCAACAACAGCAGCAACAGCAAAAAGCAAUUGCAUUGCCAGCUCUUCAGCCCAUUCAGCAGACCCCACUGCCAGCUUUGAGCUCCAUAUUUGCUCCGCCACCAGCUCCACAUCAGCAAAGCCAAACCAAUGAUCAACAUGAUAUGCAGCAGCAACAGCAACAACUCGCAGCACAGCUGGCCUUAGCACAGCAGCAGCAGCAACAAUUCAUCACUGCCGCUCAGCCACCUCCAUUAUCUUCAGUUGCUCUGACCACUAGCGCUUCUAAUCUUACGCACAACAACAACAACCAUAGUUCUAGUUCAGGUAACAACAUCAACAUUUCGAAUAGUCUAGCAGCGCAGGCGACGUCGACAUCCAUUGUAUCUCAACCAAACACCUCCAACACUGCCAAAUUGGCUAUUGUCAAAGCCAAUGCUACGCCGGUGGCAUUUACCACAUUAAGUUCGCAACCACCGCCACUGGUGACCAUAUCAAACGCUAAAACACGCACACAUUUAGCUUCAACCAAUUCUAUGGUAAGUGCUGCCACUCAGAAGCCAUCAAUAAUGGCUAAACCAUACCAGAAGCGAUCCUCCAAAGCUCAAGGUCAACAAUUGAAAUCCUCCAUAGGCUCCGUUGUCGCUGCCUCGAAUAAUAAACCUAAUGCCGGUAAAAUUACCACAGCCAGCGGGAAGAUAAUUGCCACGCCGACGACACCACCUCCUUUGGUGCCCACAAUGACGCCAACAGUGCAACCGCCGGUGGCAUUAACCACAAUUCCUGCUCCCGGCAUAAGAGCGGCUACCGCUACGAAUUUGACAAAGACUUCUCAACUUCCGACGCCCGCUUUAGUGAGUAUAGCUCCCACAAAUGUCACACCGAUUGCCCCUAAACCCGCACAAAGCAUAACUUGUGGCAGUGUGACCAUAACCCCGACUAACCCCUCAUCUACGGUUAAGAAUCUGGUCAACAUUGCUCCAAAAGUCGCCGCAUCAUCUACCACGCCGACAUUUAAAUACAACGGCAAAACCACAAAUACCUACAUGUCAAGUGUGACCAGCACCAGUACAGGUAGCAGCACCAUAGGAAAAACGAAAACAAUAACACCGGCCAAGACGACGGCUUCUGAUCUCUUUGAUUUGGUCAAAAAUUCGAAUGGGGCCAUCAGCAUAACACCAGCUCCUCCCGUGUCAACGCCAUCGGCGUCAGCGCCAUUCACUUCCACCACUAGCUUUAGUGCGCCUCUUAACUUUUCUGCCUCCAUAAAUACAUUUAAGCCGGCACAGCCGUUGGAGAACUUUGGAAAAAUUAAGGAUGAACCCAUUGAUGAUGUUUCUGUGACCAACAACAACGCCAACACUUCGAAUGUGCCCGCCCCAGCAUUGUCUCCAGCCGCUACAGAAACCGACAAAGACGUCGCGCAAAACGAGACACCUACAAGUUUCAGUGGCCAAAUACCCUCAAAUAAUGUUCAAAUCAAAGAAGAGCUUAUGAAUUCACCGACGCCGGAGGAGGAAGCAACCUCAGAGAAUUCCACGCUGCCUCCACAACCCAGUAACUUGAAUAAUGAAUGUUCCUCCUCUUCCUUUAGUUCCAAUUCAAAUUCAAUAUCUUCGGCAGCUGAUUUGUCAUUAGAGGCCUCUACUCCAGCCUCCGUUACUAGCAGUUCGGAAGCUCCAUCUCCAGGAUGCUCGAUAUUGUCUCCUCUUAAUACAAGCAUCAAUGAAUUUGCAACACCAAAUGCCUGUUCGAAUUCCAAUUCAGCGGGCGAUAGCAAUUCGUCAAAUUCGUGCGAGACUGGUGGUGCAUCGUCCAGGGACAUGCUCAGCGAAAUGGUGACCUCAUCAUGCAUAUCUUCUGAUACUUCAUCGGAGGCUAGUAUCAGUGUUUCAUUGCCGGAAAAUGAGGAGGGCAAACAAGCAAUGGAUGGUUGCAAGUCCAGUGAGGAACGGGAAGACAAACAACGUGAUUUGCCCACACCGGAAUCUGGCAUUGGUGGUAGUCUGAGUAAUACAGAGAGUAUGGAUUCUUCUUCGAAGUCAUCUUCCUCGGAUGCAGCCACGUCUUCUGCCUCUUCGGAGCAGGCACCUUCGCCGACUUCAGCUGAUACACAAACACCACCAGCUACUCCAAUGAAUAUCGAUACCAGCAAUAGCAGUAUGGAGGAUCCCCAAAAUAAUUCCUCCAUGACCCUGUCAACACAGCAAUCCGAAGAUUCUUCUGAAAAGUCAUCAUUUGGUUUCCUCACCACCACCACCACCACCACCAUAGACACCAAGCUGGCAGAAGCGCCUUCGCCAGAUCUACCUAAGUGCGCUUUAUCACCGAUAUUGUCACAACCGAAGACCAUACGUUUUCCCGUUCUGGGCAAGGGCAAUAAACGGCUUGACGGCGUUUGCUACUGGGACCAAUGCAAUAAGAAGCACGACAGUAAUUCCAAACUUUUGGAUCAUAUGCAACAGCACCAUGUCAACUCACAGACUGGGCCCUUCUCUUGCCUCUGGGUGGGCUGUAAGGUGUACAACAAAGAGUCGUGUUCUCGCCGAUGGCUCGAACGGCAUGUACUUUCGCAUGGUGGCUCCAAACAAUUCAAAUGUAUUGUCGAGGGAUGUGGUCUACGUUAUGGAUCACAGCUGGCCUUGCAAAAACACAUUAACAAUCACUUCACUGCCUCCGAGAGUAAGGAUAGUACAAAUAAGAGAACCUCAGAUCCCCCUGUUCCAAAGCAACUGCGCAAGAAUGGCAAAAAGUUACGUUAUCGAAGGCAACCAUUUUCAGCUCGCAUGUUUGAUUUCUUUGACACUGGCAUCAUGGAAGGUUUGCAACAUCGUCUGCGUCAAAUUUCUACAUUGACAAAUGGCUGCAACUCAAUAACCUUCCAAGGACAGUGUAUGAUGAGGCGCAAAACACCCAGUGGCAAAACUGAGUGCUACAUACAAUGGUCGCCGAGAGAAAUUAUUUCCGAUGAAUGGCUGCCCGAGAGUAAUGAAGAGUCUUAUUUGAAAACGGUUAAUAUCAAACAAAUGAAACCUGCCGAAAAGAACAAGGUGGAAGGACUAUUGAUGACUACCUACAAACUGCCAUACUCACCGACGAUAUUUGAAAACGAUUACGCUUUAAGUCAACAACAUCAACGUUUGAAGAACGUUGAAAAUACCGAAACAAAAGCCAAUGCGGAUACGGCGACAACGGCGGCGGCGGACAAAAAUGCCGCCGAUUCAGAAGGCAAUGAACAAGAAGAGCAGGACGAUGAGGAGGAUGAAGACGAUGAUGAUGCCACCACCACUGCCACCUCAACGGCAACCACUGUGUCCAGCUAUCAACAUGUGCUGACCAUCACCCAUAUGCAACAACAUCGGAAACACCCCAGAAAACCGCAGAAUCGUAUAAUUAUUACACGAUAAAUUCAAGACUGCUACGGCCUCGUUAUCCUACCCAAAGCCUACUUCAUCACUAAACAACUCCAGGCAGACGGAGAAAUCUUCAUUUACCCUGUGGUGCUGUAAAAAGUAUUUCCUCUUAAGUUUUCUAAUUUAAAAACAAAAAAAAGGUUUUUGUAAAUAUUUUCAUAAAAGAAUUGUACUGCAUUUUAGUUAAGUUUCUAAUAGCCUACCCACUACCCACUACCUACCAACCCCCUAGUUCCCCAUGUACCAUUUUCAAAGUGAAAGACAAACGAGCAACAGUGACAAGGUUAAGCGCUUAAGGCGAUAAGAUGAUAUUUAAAUUUAAUAUUUUUUUUUUAAGUUUUAUGUGUGCAUAACUCAAUAGGCAUAUCACUGCCAUAUGGAAGAAAAAUAUUUAUUAAAAAAAUAAAAAAAAAAAACAAAAAUAACAUGAUAAACAAAACAAACAUAAAAACUAAUAACAACUAGUAAUAGUAACAAUCUAAUUUACAUAAUUUAUACACAACGUAAUAUAUUUACAUAAUAGUAUAUAUAUAAAUAUAAAAAACAAAAACAAAAAAAGAUAGAAACUUAUGAUACGAUAAUCAACCCUUAGCAUUUAGUUUGUAGGAAAAAAAGCGAGGAAAAAAACCGAAAAAUUUUCUUUUCGAGAGAAAACAAAAAAAGUGCAAGAAUUGCAUUUUAGGCAAUUCAGAGAAUACAAAGCUUCUUUGUUUUAAUUUGUAUAGUUAUGUACAAAACGUAGAAUGAUGUCUCGUUGACAAGGCAAAAUUAAACGCUCUAUUUUUUUAUUAUUUUUAUUUGACAAAGAAACCCAAUGUGUCAUCCAUCAUAACACGCGUAAUGAACAAAGUUUUGGUUUUCCCCAAAUAAGUUGUAUAUUGUAUGUCUUAUUUUUAUUAUUUUGUUGUUCAUUUUAUUUGUAACCGAAAAAGCCUAUUUUUUUUU